AUGGCUACCGAGUUCAAGCUCAAGGGCCUGACGAGCAUCGAUCUCAAGAACGGUCAAACGCAAGAAGUCGAAGUCGAAGGCGUCGAGGAUGGCAAAGUGCUGCUGGCCAAGGUUCAAGAUGAAGUUCACGCUCUGAGUGCGAAAUGUACACAUUACGGUGCUCCACUGUCAAAGGGUGUGUUGACAGGAGAUGGACGUCUGACAUGCCCGUGGCACGGAGCUUGCUUCAGUGUCAAGACUGGAGAUAUUGAGGACGCACCGGCUAUUGACCCGCUGGCGAAGUUUGAGAUCGUGCAAAAGGAUGGAGCCGUGUACAUCAAGGGUGACGAGGCGACGAUCAAGGCGAACAGGAGGACACUCAACAUCAAGUGCGGGUCGACAAAGGGUUCGGAGCAAGUCGUUGUGGUGGGACGUGGAAGUGGUGCCACGGGUGCGAUUGAAGGAUUGAGGUCGGGUGGCUUCACUGGCAAGAUCACAUGCAUUGCGGACGAGGAACACAUGGCUAUCGAUCGCACGAAGCUUUCCAAGGCGUUGAUGAACGAUGCUUCCAAAGUUGCUCUGCGGAGUCCGGAGUUCUACAAGGAGGGCAAUGUUGACAUGGUCAACGGGACGGUGACAUCGAUCGACUUUGACGGUAAGAAGGUGAAGAGCAAGGAUGGCAAGGAGUACAGCUACACCAAGCUGAUCUUGGCUUCGGGUGGUACACCGAGACUCCUGCCAUUGGAGGGACUGAAGGGUGACCUCAAAAAUGUGUUCCCUCUCCGCUUCAUCUCAGACGUGCAGUCGAUUCUCGGCGCUGCCGGCGAAGAUGGUGGCAAGAAGGUGGUCGUCAUCGGCUCGUCUUUCAUCGGCAUGGAGGUCGGCAACGCUCUCGCUGGUAAGAAGCACCAAGUCUCGAUCAUCGGCAUGGAGGAUGAGCCAAUGGAGCGUGUCAUGGGCAAGAAGGUCGGCAAGAUCUUCCGCGAGCUGUUGGAGAAGAAUGGUGUGAAAUUCUACAUGGGAGCUUCGGUCGAGAAGGGCGAGGCAGGCAGCACAGCUGGAAAGAUCGGAUCGGUGUCGCUCAAGGAUGGAACCAAACUUGAAGCGGACUUGGUCGUCGAGGGUGUUGGUGUCCGACCGGCGACCGACUACCUCAAGGACAACAGCUCUGUCAACCUUGAGAAGGAUGGCUCAAUCUCAGUCGACGAGUCUUUUGCCAUCAAGGGCCUGAAGGAUGUAUUCGCCAUUGGUGAUAUCGCGACCUACCCGUACCACGGACCAGGUGGUAACGGCAAGCCCGUUCGCAUCGAGCACUGGAACGUGGCACAGAAUGCUGGACGUAGCGUGGCCCGGUCCAUCAACAGCCCUGGAUCGAAGCCCAAGGCAUUUAUCCCAGUCUUCUGGUCUGCAGUGGGCGCUCAACUCCGCUACUGCGGUCACACCCCUGAUGGUUUCGACGAUGUCAUCAUUCAGGGUAACACUGAUACCAGCGAGGGCAAGCAGAGCUUCGUUGCGUACUACACGAAGGGUGAGGAGGUGCACGCUGUUGCGAGCAUGGCGAAGGAUCCAUACAUGACACAAAGUGCAGAGCUCAUGCGGAGAGGCAGGAUGCCGAGUAAGAGCGAGCUGGCAAAGGGUAUCGACAUUAUGGAGAUCAGCCCGCCAGUGGAGGUGAAGAUGUGA